CUUAAUUCAGUGACAAGACAUCUAACCCCGCCCCCUUUUGAAUGAAAGUUCGAAGCAGUCAGCUAGCCAGUACCACUCUGCAUCUCACUCCUGCAUCAGCACCAUGCCCAAGUGUCCUAAGUGCCAGAAGGAGGUCUACUUUGCCGAAAGGGUAACCUCCCUCGGUAAAGACUGGCACAGACCUUGCCUAAAAUGUGAGAAAUGCAACAAAACACUAUCUCCUGGGAGCCAUGCUGAGCAUGAAGGAAAGCCCUACUGCAAUCAACCUUGUUAUGGAGCGCUGUUUGGACCAAAAGGGUUUGGUCGUGGUGGCGCGGAAAGCCACACUUUCAAGUAACAAAAUGGUGUAACCGAACAAUCUGUUGAGAUCUAUCUACUAGCAAGAAUCCCUUGUUUUAACCUGCCUUUUAAUGAUCCCACAAUAUUCACCGGGAAUUGUAUGAGAAUAUGACAAGACGAUGAUCUAGUGCUCUGAAACAUCGUUUAUACUUAGCAAAAAGGAUCAGAAAGAUGGUUAUAUUGUUUCAAUACCACUAAGCUAUGUCAAAUAGACACAAUUUUAUACCCAAGUUUUCAUUUUGUUGUGGAGAAAAAUAAAAUAUUAAGCAGGUGUAUAUGAUUUUUAAUAAAUAAAUGUAAAGGCUUAAUAAAAAAUAUAAUAUGGUGAA